AAUUAAUUAUUAUUAAUGGCAUUUUCAUUAAUUAACUCAUAUCUCCGUCAAAAAGGCGCAUGGACCCAAACCAACUUGGAGUUUUUCACUACUGACUAUUCCCUACAUGAUGAAAAUAGUCUGAGUCUAAAAGCUUUUAAUCACCUCGACAGGUUCCCUCGUAAGAUGAUCGUCGAUAAAAUAAUAUCAAAUUGUUCAGUUUUCGACUCAACGUAGGCAGCCAUACAUCAGUUAUAGGAACUGAUAUCAGAACAUCUAGACAAAUUGUUUUAUAACACGCUUAUUAAGAAUACGAAACAUUCAUUGAAGAGUCCCGAAAUACGGGAGUUUAUAAAUAUUUAUAACUUACAACUCAUUUUCUAGCGGAAAAUCGUUUAUAAAUUGAUUUAUAACUAUUUUGGACAUUGUCCAAACAAUUUGAGACUCUUUAGUGGAAACAUCAUCUCACUUUGUAGAGAAAUGUUUUUUCUCGAUCUCUUUGUUGCAUGAAAAAAUCGUUUACAAUUAAUUGUAAUACAAAUAUGAGCAAUUUAGAAUACCAUAGCUGUAUAUAUAGAAUAAUCGAUGGAAUCAGUUGUUUAACUGUUCAGAUUAUCUGCUGAUGAAAAAUUUCGAAAUAAGAGACGUUUUAUCAGCGCAUAUUCAAGAAAAACUGUCUAUGAAUAAAUUUUGUGAGAAUUUAUUUGUUUUAUUUAAUUCAUCUUUUGAAUAGGACAAUAUUUUCUCAAUUCGAUGAUUAGAUUUAUUUUUUGUUGAAAUUUGAUGCUGGAAUUUGAAAAAGUUUUAGAAAAAGGUUUCACUCGGUUUCUCUUCGACAAUUUGUUACAAAAAAAUAAACUUCUCGCUUUUAUCUCCUUUCAUUUUUCAUUUGGAGCAAAUAGAUAGACAAAAUAUGCCUCUACAAAAUGAGAUGUUUCACAGGCCGAGACGAUUUGUAAUAAUUGCACUAGAAUGAUCUUUCUGAAUGCUUUAAAAAAAAAAACAGUCUAUAAAUAAUUGAUGAAAUAUCAAACUCAAAAUUAUUCACGCAUAUCAUCUUUUUAUGUCAUCUAUUAAUUAUUGUGAUAUAAUUAUAAUAUCUUUGUUCUAGGAUUUUUAUUAUUUAAAGAAUAUUGUCUCAGUAUUUGUGAUGAACCAGUACCACAGCUCAAAUUCUAUGAAGAAAUCAAACGAUUUGAAAAAUUAGAAACCGAUGAAGAAAGGUGGAAAGUAGGAAAAGAAAUUUAUGAUCAAUUUAUUAUGAAAGAAUUAUUAUCAAAUUCCCAUACGUAUUCUCAGAAAGCUGUUGAAAGUGUACAAAAACAUCUAUCAAAAUAUAAUCCAAAUAAUCCAAAAAAUUCAUUACCAUCUAAUUUAUUUGAACCAUAUAAAAAAGAAAUCUGUGAUCUACUCAGGGGAAGAAUAUUUGAUAAAUUUAUGGAAUCAGAAAAAUAUGCGAGAUUUUGUCAAUGGAAAAAUUUAGAAUUAAAUAUACAGUUGACAAUGAAUGAUUUUAGUGUACAUAGAAUUAUUGGACGUGGAGGAUUUGGUGAAGUGUAUGGAUGUAGAAAAGCUGAUACGGGAAAAAUGUAUGCAAUGAAAUGUCUAGAUAAAAAACGUAUUAAGAUGAAACAAGGUGAAACUUUAGCGCUCAAUGAAAGAAUUAUGUUAUCACUUGUUAGCACAGGAGAAGGUUGUCCAUUUAUUGUUUGUAUGACAUAUGCAUUUCAUACCACUGACAAAUUAUGUUUUAUUCUUGAUCUCAUGAAUGGUGGUGAUUUACAUUAUCAUUUAUCUCAACAUGGUGUAUUUACUGAAAAAGAUGUGAAAUUUUAUGCAGCUGAAAUUAUUUUGGGAUUAGAACAUAUGCAUUUACGAUCAAUUCCUGCCAAUAUUCUUCUUGAUGAACAUGGCCAUGUGAGAAUAUCCGAUCUGGGAUUAGCUUGUGACUUUUCUAAAAAGAAACCACAUGCCAGUGUUGGAACACAUGGUUAUAUGGCACCAGAAGUUUUGGCUAAAGGUGUUGCAUAUGAUUCAAGUGCCGAUUGGUUUUCAUUCGGAUGUAUGAUUUAUAAAUUGCUCAAAGGUCACAGUCCAUUUCGUCAGCAUAAAACCAAAGACAAACAUGAAAUUGACAAAAUGACAAUGACUAUGACAAUUGAAUUACCUGAAACAAUGACAAAUGAAAUGCGUGGACUUCUAGAAGGUCUAUUGCAACGAGAUGUAGAUAAAAGAUUAGGAUGUUUAGGAAAAGGAGCUGAAGAAGUAAAAGAUCAUGGAUAUUUUAAAGAUAUUGAUUGGAAACAAGUUGCCUUACAAAAAUUAACUCCACCUCUAAUUCCACCUAGAGGUGAAGUAAAUGCAGCCGAUGCAUUUGAUAUUGGAAAUUUUGAUGAAGAUGAUACAAAAGGAAUUAAAUUAACUGAAGCUGAUCAAGAAUUAUAUAAAAAUUUUCCAAUUGUUAUCUCAGAAAGAUGGCAACAAGAAAUAGCAGAAACUGUGUUUGACACUGUUAAUCAAGAAACGGACAAAAUUGAACAAAAGCGUCGAGCUAAAUUUAAACAAAAUAAUAUUUAUGACGAUGAAAAAACGUCAGAUCUUAUUUUACAAGGACAAUUGAAGAAGAAUGCGGGCACAUUUGGAUUUUCUUGGCAAAUUCGCUAUGCAAAAUUAUAUCCUAAUAGAUUAGAAUUACACUAUGAAAAAGGAGAUAAAGAUCCUGAAGUUUAUACAAUGGAACGCAUUGAACAUAUCGAUUCAAAAGAAUGUAAAGGACAAAAAACAAUCACAAUUCAUUUAAGAGGAGGAAAUGAGCCACGAUUAAUGCUUUCACCUCAAGAUGAAGUGAGUUUUAGUGAAUGGCGAAUUGCUCUCUCAGAUGUAUUAAACAAAUCAACCAUGACAUUAUAUUCAUCAAAAAAAAUUGGACAAUUAUGUGGCGGAGGUGAUAAGCAAUAUCGACUAUUAACAACAAUCAAUGGGCAAUAA